AUGGCGCCCCGACGUUCCAGCCGAAGGUCGUCGAACCUCCCCAAUGUAGAAGAGAUGGCAAACACUACGACCGCUACUCUGAGCGCUUCUUCUGUGCGGAAAAGUUCUCGCCCUGCUACAAAGCGCAUCCGCUCCUUCGUGCCUGAUUCUUCCGAAGCUGAAGACGACAUAGUCGAGCCCGCACAGGCUGGCGCAUCGAACAGCUCGACCCGGCAACUGCUCAAGGCAGUUGCGAUACCACCGAUGAAGUCCUCUGAUGCGAAACCGAAGCGCGAACAAGACAGCUCAACUGGAUCACCUUCGUUCGAGAAUUCGGACUACGAGACCCCAGGGACCAGCAUCUCCACAACGCCGGCUCUCUCCGUCGGCCAUGGUGCGAAGAUAACUCGCAAGAGUGGUCUUAGCGCAGCUGUAACCGCCGGAUUUGGUGCUUCAUCUUCUCGUAAGCGAACGCGCUUCAUGAUAGAAAAGUUAGAAGAAGAUGAGAACACCGACAUCAAUGCUGAUGCUCAGCUUGCGAUGCAAUUGCAAUUGGAGGAGAACGAGUUGGACCCCAAUAAUCACAUUUCGCUUGAUUCAUCGUCAGACGAAGAGCCACUUGCGAAGCGGAGGGCGACAACUUCAAAAGGCAAGGGCAAGGGCGAUGCUGUCGUGGAGGAUGCAGUCAUAGUAGGUUCAGAUGACGAUUCGCUCUCACUGACUCUUACAACACCAACAUAUACCGGGAAAGGCAAGGGCAAAGCUCCCGCAGCCGCUCACCGAAACAGCUCACGAAGUCGUUCAGCUCGUGCUCGUGCAAAGGCAGCGAAGAACUUUGUGCUAGACUCUGAUCUAGAUGAGGACGUGGAUGACGAGGACGAAUUCAAGCUGGACGACGACGAUGAUGUUGCGGAUUCCGCAUUGGACGACGAGGACGACGCGAUCGGAGGUAAAAUGGACACUGGUAGCGACAGUGACGAUAUACCACUUUCGAAAGUCAGCAAACGUGCUCUGGCUGCCCUCAAUACUGAGCCAACCGCAGCAAAGAAGCAACGCGGCAAGAAGAACAAACGCCUGACACGGGAAGAGAAGAUGGCACGCCUCCGCCGUAAUGCGCGGUUUGCUCAUAUUGCAGACAAAUGGGAACGCAAGCGUGCGAUGAACCGCGAACGUGCUGAGGAAUCUCAUCCAAAGCUGCUCACCAUGUGGAAAGAGCUCGAAGAAGUACUGGUGCUUGAAGUGCAACAAGCCGAACAACCGCCAUCCAUCAACCGCCGUCUGAAGCCUUUCCAGCUUGAGGGCCUUAGCUGGAUGACACGGCAGGAGAAAACCGCUUAUAGAGGUGGUCUUCUUGGCGAUGAGAUGGGUAUGGGCAAGACGAUUCAGGCUGUCUCGCUCAUCAUGUCGGACUGGCCGCAGAAGGAGCCCACGCUUGUCGUCGUUCCGCCUGUGGCAUUGAUGCAAUGGUCCAACGAAAUCGGAGCAUACACGGAUGGCAAACUUAAGGUUCUCGUCUAUCAUGGCACCAAUUCCAAGUGCAAAAAGAUGACAGUGAAAGAUUUGCGGAAGUACGACGUUAUCAUGGUGUCGUACAACAGCUUGGAGUCUUUGCACCGCAAGGAAACCAAAGGCUGGACACGUGGCGAGGAUAUUAUUAAAGAAGCAUCACCUUUACACGCCAUUACGUACCAUAGGCUCAUUCUAGACGAGGCUCACAGCAUCAAAUCUCGUACCACUGGUGUCGCUAAGGCCUGCUUCGCGCUCAAGGGCACCUAUAAAUGGUGUUUGUCGGGCACUCCGGUACAAAACCGAAUAGGCGAAUUCUUCUCUCUGUUGCGAUUCCUUGAGGUUCGGCCUUUUGCAGAUUACUUUUGCCGAAGCUGCGACUGUGAGCAGCUACAUUGGACUGUCGAUGAAGACCACAUGUGCAAAGCAUGUAACCACGGAGCUUCGGAGCACAUCUCCGUCUUUAAUCAGGAAUUGCUUAACCCGAUCACUGGCGAUGAUCCGGAGCUCCGGGAGGACGCCUUGACUAAGCUGCAUAUGAUCACUGCUCGCAUCAUGUUGCGUCGCAUGAAGCGUGAUCACACGAACUCGAUGGAAUUGCCUAUGAAGGAUAUCGUGAUCCAUAACGAAUUCUUCAGUGAAGUGGAGCGAGACUUCUCAACGUCCAUCAUGUCGAACUCCGCUCGUAAGUUCGACACUUAUGUUGCGCAAGGUGUCAUGCUCAACAAUUAUGCCAACAUCUUCGGUCUCAUCAUGCAAAUGCGUCAAGUUGCCAACCAUCCGGAUUUACUUCUGAAGAAGAAGGCAGCUGAAGGCAGUCAGAAUGUUUACGUGUGCAACAUCUGUGAUGAGCCUGCCGAGGACGCGGUUCGCUCUCGCUGCCACCAUGAGUUCUGCCGAGCAUGUGUGAAAGACUUCAUGGACACUUGCGAAGCCUCCGGCACCGAUGCUGAUUGUCCCCGCUGCCACAUCGCUCUCUCAAUCGACUUCGAGCAGCCAGAGCUUGAGCAAGACGAGGAGUCAGUCAAGAAAACUUCCAUCAUCAAUCGGAUAAAGAUGGAGAACUGGACGUCGUCUACAAAGAUUGAGAUGCUUGUUUAUGAUCUUUACAAGCUGCGGAGCAAGAAGCAGACACUCAAGUCCAUCGUGUUCAGUCAGUUUACAUCGAUGCUUCAGCUGAUUGAAUGGCGUCUUCGGCGCGCUGGAUUCAACACAGUCAUGCUUGAUGGUUCCAUGACACCCGCUCAGCGUCAGAAGAGCAUUGAACAUUUCAUGACCAAUCCGGACGUCGAGGUGUUCUUGGUGUCGCUCAAGGCCGGAGGUGUUGCUCUGAACCUGACGGAGGCUUCCAGGGUAUUCAUCGUGGAUCCAUGGUGGAACCCUGCAGCCGAGUGGCAGUCUGCUGAUCGUUGCCAUCGCAUUGGACAGAAGAGGCCUUGUGUUAUUACUCGGCUUUGCAUUGAAGAUAGUGUAGAGUCGCGGAUGGUUGCGCUUCAAGAGAAGAAAGCAGCCAUGAUUGCUGGAACGGUCAACAACGACAAAGUCGCGAUGGACCGCCUGAGCCCGGAAGACCUGCAGUUCCUGUUCCGCGGUUCUUAG